CAGAGGGGAGGCGGCUCAGAGGAAGGAUAUGAAUCUUCUCCUGAGUGAAACCCCGCCACCAGCGUACAACGUCUCUGUGAACUGAUAAAUGAUUCUGAGCCGCCCUGAGUGUCCAAAGCUGAUAUGAGCUUGUAAGGAUCAGAAAAUUAUCACACAAUCGGAUCCUUAGCUGCGAUUCUUGUCCUGUUUGGGACUGAUGAUACUGAGUCUACUUGUAAAUUUCAUAUUUAUUUAUUUUUGACUUUGUUUAAUUUCAAAUCUAUUUAAAUGUGGAGUAAAACUGAAUAACUCAAAGGUCAGUUAAUCCGAACGGUCUAAUCGAUCAUCCACCAUGGCUGCCAGCGCCACCAUGGAAGCGGCGGACAUCAUCGUCGUGGUCGUCUACUUCGUCCUGGUGCUUGGAAUCGGCUUCCUGGCGAUGCGGAAGGCCAACCGGGGCACGGUGAGCGGCUACUUCCUGGCCGGUCGCUCCAUGAACUGGGCCGCCGUGGGCGCGUCGCUCUUCGUCAGCAACAUCGGCAGCGAGCACUUCAUCGGACUGGCCGGGUCCGGCGCGGCCAGCGGGUUCAGCGUGGCCGCGUGGGAGUUCAACGCGCUGCUGCUGCUCCAGCUGCUGGGCUGGGUGUUCAUCCCCGUGUACAUCCGCUGUGGCGUCUACACCAUGCCGGAGUACCUAUCCAAACGGUACGGAGGGAGGCGGCUGAAGGUGUAUUUCGCCGCUUUGUCUCUGGUGCUUUACAUCUUCACCAAGCUGUCUGUGGACCUCUACUCGGGGGCCUUGUUCAUUCAGGAGUCCCUAGGGUGGAACCUUUACCUUUCCAUCAUCCUCCUCAUCGCCAUGACAGCCGCGCUGACGGUAACUGGAGGUCUGGUCGCCGUCAUCUACACGGACACGGUCCAAGCAUUCCUGAUGAUCGCCGGAGCGCUCUGUCUCACGGGCAUCAGCUUCGCCAAAGUUGGAGGCCUUGAAGGGUUAAGAACCAAGUACAUGCAGGCCCAUCCAAACAUCACUGCCAUUCUUCUGUCCUCACCUAACCUGACGCUGGUUGAAUCCUGCAAAGAUCACCUCCACCCAAAAGCGGAUGCUCUGAAAAUCCUGCGAGGCCCUAAAGAUCCGGACCUGCCGUGGCCUGGUUUCCUGCUGGGUCAGACCCCCGCCUCAAUCUGGUACUGGUGUGCGGAUCAGGUGAUCGUACAGCGGGUUCUGGCCGCGAAGAACAUCGCUCAUGCCAAAGGGUCCACCAUCAUGGCAGGCUUCCUGAAGAUCCUCCCCAUGUUCAUCAUCGUCAUCCCAGGGAUGAUUUCCAGAGUCCUGUUUGCCGACGAGCUGGCGUGCAUCAGCCCGGAACACUGCAUGGAGGCGUGCGGCUCCGCGGCCGGCUGCAGCAACGUGGCGUACCCUCGGCUCGUCAUGUCGGUCAUGCCCGUCGGUCUCCGCGGCCUGAUGAUGGCGGUCAUGAUAGCGGCUCUGAUGAGCGACCUGGACUCCAUCUUCAACUCUGCCAGCACCAUAUUCACGCUGGAUAUUUACAAGAUGCUGCGGAAGGAGGCUUCGCCCAGGGAGCUGGUGAUAACCGGCAGGCUCUUUGUCGUCUUUAUGGUGGCCGUAAGCAUUGCUUGGGUGCCGGUGAUCAUUGAAAUGCAGGGAGGACAGAUGUUCUAUUACAUCCAAGAGGUCUGCGAUUAUCUAACGCCCCCCGUGGCGGCGCUGUUCCUGCUCGGCAUCCUGUGGCGUCGCUGUAAUGAAACGGGCGCCUUUUGGGGUGGAGUGGUGGGCUUCACUCUCGGAGCUCUGCGGUUGAUCUUAGGGUUUGUUUACAGAGAGCCGCUCUGCGACCAGCCGGACGAGCGGCCGUCCUUCAUCAGAGAUAUCCACUUCAUGUACGUGGCCGCCUUCUUGUUUUGGGCGUCGGCUUUGACGGUCGUCGUUGUGAGUCUCUGCACUCCUCCGCCGGGGAAGGAGCAGAUCAGAGCGACCACUCUGUGGGGGUUGAAGCAGAGAGGGAAGCUAAAGACGCAAGGAAGAGACCGAUAUGAAGAAGACCUGAACGAUUUCAAGCUUCUGGACCACGCCGCCGAGAAUGGAAACGGCGCGGUUGGUGAAGAAACAUCCCAUAAUCACCAGAGCAAGCCCAGCACUGACAGUAGAUACGAAAACACUCAACCAGCCAAUGGCAGCAUCAUCCCGGACCAGCCCCCGCUCCAGAAUGGCUGCUCCGGUCUAUCUGAGCCCAGACUGGGGAACGAGGGAGAAGGGAGAGAACCGAUGGACGUGGAAGGGGGAGAGGAGGGCCGUUUUGGCGGAGGAGGAGGAGAUUUAGUGGAGAACGGGAAAUGCGUGAAUGUUUUUGAGCGCAUUUGUGGCCUGCGGGAGAAAUCUUCGGUCACUACGGCUCAGGAGGAGAGGACGGUAGACGAGCUUCUUUACGAACCUCCCAGAACCAAAAUCGUGCUGAACACAGCCCUGGUGCUGAUUUGCUCUGUUGGGAUCUUUCUGUUUGGGUAUUUCUCCGUCUAGGUAAAGACCUAGAAACGCACUGAUCAGAAGUUCAUUUCUGGAAUGCAGUUAGUGACUUGCCAUGACAUAGUCGGAGAGAUUAGCUUUUUUUUCUUUGCUUUCUAAAACAUUUUCGUCGCAAUUAAAAUAUGCGCUAAAAGAGGCUUUCAGGGUAAAUAGGAGAGUCAGGAAAACUGGACUACAAACUCCUAAAAAUAUCUAGAUCACCAUACCUUAAGUUGGUUUUAAGAUGAUGUUUUGGUCUGUGGAUGUAAAAACAUUUUUUUAUUACAGGAGGAUCGUCUCACCCAUAAAAUAAUGCUGCAGUCCUUGAAUGGUCAGCUUAGGAGAAGCUUUCUUAAAAUCCUUCUCAGCUGCCGUGGUGGCAAGCCAAAUUUAUUUUUACUAUUGCUAAUAUUGCCAAUUAUUGCUUUGACUUUAGACUUAAUCAGCUUAAAGGGACUAGAUGUUGUUGCCAUGUCUUGGACGGCAUUUUCUCUGGUCUUUCCCGUUUUUUUUUUGUUUUUUUUUUAAAUGUGAAUAAGAGAAAUUUAUACCUAAAGAGAGAAGAAAGGCGCGAAACUUGCUUUCCCUCCU